CAUACUCACUCCUGCUUGUCAAACACUGCAGUCCAGAACUUGCAUGUUUGCUUCCAGGUUGUCAGGGUCCAAGACAGGAGUCUCCUUCGUCAAUGAAUCAACACAACUGAGGACUUUGUUUCCAAGUGGAUCCAUCUGCUGCCUCAUCCCUGAUUUGAACGAAGAUGCUCUCCAGAAUGAGAAAAUCCAGAGCUUUCAUUCUACUCCUGUCAUCCCUCACAACCCUGGGCCUGGUCCUGCCUCUUCUCCCAGGUGGACGCAACACUCACUGUGCCUGCCCGAGAUGUCUCACAGAAGGAACUGAUGAGUUCAGUCAAGUCCUCAGGACUGCUCCCAAACCGUUUCUGUUGAAGAGCUCAAAAACAACAGAAGAGGACUUUAACUGGUGGAAGCAGGUCCAAAGGGAAAAAAAAACCUUCUCCGUUUUCACAACAAAAAUAGAUGAGCUGUUCCAGAUCUUUCCGCCCAGUCCAAAUCUGGUGGGGCCCAGUCCAGACCGCUGCAGGACGUGUGCUGUGGUGGGGAACUCUGGUAAUUUGAGAGGCUCCCAUUAUGGACACCUGAUAGACUCCCAUGAUAUCGUGAUCAGGAUGAACCGUGGGGUAACCACAGGCUAUGAAGUGGAUGUUGGCUCGAAAACAACUCAUCAUGUGAUGUACCCGGAGAGUGCCAAAAUGCUGGUCAACACCACCCAUCUGGUCUUCAUUCCAUUCAAGAUAAAGGAUUUACAGUGGCUUCAGAAAAAUUUCGUCCCUGGGGCCAAGUGGAGAGCCAACAAGGAUUUGGUGAUGAUCCUGAACCCUGCCUUCAUGAGGUAUGUUCAUGAAACUUUGCUGCAGAAAAGGGGCAGGUACCCCUCCACCGGCUUCCUGUCAGUGGCCUUCAGCAUGCAAAUGUGUGACCAGGUGAGUGUGUUCGGCUUUGGGGCUGACAGUCACGGAAACUGGUAUCAUUAUUUUGAAACUCUGCGAAACCGACGUCUCAAGACGGGCCCACAUGCUGGAACUCAUGAGUACAAUGUGAUCCUGCAGCUACAUGACGAAGCCAAGCUGCAGUUUUUUCAAGGAUUUUGAUUUAAUUAUUUAAGAACACACGAUGGAGCAGGCGGCUGUAAUGUCUGUAAUGUCUUUUCCUCAAGAUGUUAUGUUGAACACAUGCUUGAUUUUUACAAGUGCAAUGAAAAUUAUCAUUCGAGUGCUGUCAUAUGUUUUUAAUAAAAGCAAAUGUCUUCUAUUGUAAA